GCGCUCCCAUCGCCACCGGCGCAGCCGCCCAAGCCGCCGCGGCCGGCAACAAUGGCGUCCCCUCGGCGGCGCUCCGUCCCGCUGCCGCUCCUCCUCCUCGUCUUCCCGGUGUCCCUCUUCGUCGUCCUGCUCCUCCACCACCGCUCCUCCGGCCCCGCAGCGGCGCUCCUCUCUGGCGCGGGACCCUCCCCGGACCCGGACCCGCGCCGCUUCUCCUUCCUCAUCAAGGUCCUCGCCUACGACCGCCCGGCGCCGCUCCGCCGCUGCCUCCGCUCCCUCGCCGCGGCCGACUACGCCGGGGACCGCGUCGCGCUCCACGUCCUCGUCGACCACCCACCGCCCAACGCGUCCCUGGAUGCGUCCCGCGAGAUCCUCGCCGAGGCCGACGCCUUCCGGUGGCCGCACGGGGAGAAGCGCGUGCACUACCGCGCCGCCAACGCGGGGCUCCAGGCGCAGUGGAUCGAGGCCUGGUGGCCCGGCUCCGACGACGAGUUCGCCUUCGUCGUCGAGGACGACCUCGAGGUGUCGCCGCUGUACUAUCGUUUCCUGAAGCGGGUGGUCAUGACGUACUACUACGACCGCAAGAAUUACAGUCCGUUUGUGUUCGGUGCGUCGCUGCAGCGUCCCCGGUUCGUCGCAGGUAAACAUGGAAACAAAAUACAGCUGGAUAGUGAAACCCGCCUUUUCUUGUACCAGAUGGUUGGUACCUGGGGCCAACUUCUCUUCCCAAAACCAUGGAAAGAAUUUCGAUUAUGGUAUGAUGAACACAAAUCCAAAGGGAUCAAACCUAUUCUUGAAGGCAUGAAAACUACAGGAUGGUAUAAAAAGAUGGGAGAGAGAAUAUGGACCCCUUGGUUCAUUAAAUUUGUCCACUCCCGUGGAUACUUCAACUUCUACACAAAUUUCCUGAAGGAAAGGGCCCUCAGUGUCUCUCAUAGGGAUGCAGGUGUGAACUAUGGAAAAAGUGUCGGACCAGAUUCUACAUUGUUAGAUGGGAAGAAUCUCGAUUUCAAUAUUUGGGAAUUGCAGCCCCUAAACAAGCUAAAAUGGUACGAUUUCUGCUUCUCUGAAGUUCUUCCAGGAAGAGUCGUUAGAAAAUUCAGUGAACUUGGUUCUGUGCUCAACUCUGUUCAACUAGAAAACAACAUUGUGCUCAUAAGUCUAUACUCAAUAGAACAGAGAAUUGCAAGAAACAUGAUUUGCCAUCUUGAGAAGGCAGGCAUGCAGAACUACAUUUUCCUUGUUAGCAAUCCACAAUUUCAGGAUGACCUUGCUCAUAGAGGACAUCCUGUUAUUGAUGGCACCGGUUUGCUGCAGAGCAUCAAAAUGAGUAAUUCAAUGUACUCAGAUGACUUUGUUGAGGAAAUAAUGGUUAAAGCUCAUGUGGUAAAAAAAUGCUUGGACCUGGGCUACAAUGUUUGGGUAUUAAAUGGAAAUAUGAUUUCACUUGGCAGUAAGUUAAUUGAGCCAUCAGAUCAAUCAGUUGAUCUGUUUGCUGCAGAAUCUGUGGAUUUGAUAUUCCUGAGGGGCUCACAAAGCUCUAAAAAAACAUGGAAUGAACUUGUUAUAUUGAGAAUGGGUGAUGGGCUGAUGUCUUCAAAAAGUGAUUUUUAUUCUUCUCUGGAACGUAAAAAUUUUGUUGGCAUGCUCACCAAAGUGUUGGGAAGCAAAGGUGAUGUGAGGGUGGGAAAACUGGAUGAGAUUGUGCCAGUUGAAUUAGGGCCUCACACCUCAAAUAGAUCACUGUCAGAAGGUCACUGUAAAGUCAUAUUUUGGUCUCAUGGUAUGGCUUCAGAUUCAGUUCAAAGUCAACUUGAAAAUAUGGGUUUAUGGUUAACUGACGCAGAUUCAUCUUGUAGUGCUGUUGUUUGUAGCCAAAAACAGUAGUAUUUUUGUUGUUGCAAAUGUUCUUUUUUUAGCAAUGGCAACAUCAAAGGGAUCUAAGCCAAGAUAAACAUAUUAUGACAGAGGUGGAAGUGCUCUGGCAACCUACCAAGAAAACAGUGAUAGAAUUUAGAUGCCCCAGCCAUUAUGUGGUCAUUUUAGAUUACCCUUGUGGUCUUUUAUUCGCUGUGGAUUUUUGCCAGCAAUGUCGAUUAUGGUGGCCUUUUGGUAAAACCAUAUUUGUUUGUAGCUCUACUCUGGUACAGAUUAUACGAUGUUCACGGGUAUGAAUUUUGCUAUGCUUUGAGGUGCUGAGCAGUUGGUGUGUGUUGCUGUCUUGCUGAUUAGGAUGACCUGUUCAGUUAGCUAUGUUGCCUGUGAAUUCAACUGAUCGAUAUGGUUUUGGAGAUAAUUUUCUAUGGUGUGCUCCAUGUGGAUAGCAGUGUUCCAACCACAACCUGACAGUCCUCGGAUCAUUGGAUGCUAAUUUGGUAUCAUUUUUGUCCAAAGGAAUAGCGAAUUCUCUGUUCUAAUAUUACAUGUACGUUGCAAUGUUGUCUGUAUUCAAGUCAUUCAAAUUGUGAGCAACUGCCUUGGGUAAAUUUGACUAAGAUUUGCCUUUACUUGGUUUGGCCAGUAGUAGUAGUUUUUUCUACACUUACAAUCCAAUUCAAGGUUAACCUCUCUUUUUUUUGGCUCUGAGAUGUGUAUCAGAUCUUCAGAACAAUUCUACCACAUCAGGAUUCAACCAGAAACAGAUGUGGAAAGUGUGUAUCUGAAGAAAAAGGUGGCAGAUAUGGUUGGCGAUGCACAUCUUUCACUGGCAGAAGCAAUAUCAGCUAGGUAACGAAAGGAUUCUCAACUGUAAAGUGGUUAGACAAAUUUGACAGAUCGGUUGAAAUUUGUGGGACGAUCAUUCAAGGCGUAUGGAUCACUGAUUGAAGAGAAGACAUUUCCCAACCAGAGUUGACAAUUCCUAGUCACACGAUGUUCUUCCACUUGAUCAAGGUAGGAUUAUCUAUCACUGGAUCAAACUUAGAAUGUAAGGUAAGCUUGUAGUUGUGACAAAGUGGAGCCUGGAAAAUGACACUCAGAUUGCCCAAGAUGCAUCUUUUGCAUAUAAUAACUUGAAAACAUAUGUGUCAUAGCAUAUGGACAUGGGCAUAUGAGCCUGAUGUCUGAUCUGCAAGCUUACCUUACUCCCAUGAAUAUGGGCCCAGUUGCCUUCAACGGCUCAAUCAUGUCUAGUGACCAAUCCUUAGCAUCUUGUUCUGCAUAAUGCAUAGAGAAAUGUUUGGUAGCAUCUCAACACAAAAUUUGGAAGCUAGUAGACUCGUAUGUCUUCAUGCAUUAGGAUCAGCAUUGGAGUAUUUCUGCUAUGAGCUUACUCUAUUUUCUGGAAGAUCUUAAUCCCUUGCCAUUAUCUCUUUAAUUUUCUCUUAAUUAAGGUAUAUAUAACUGAUUAACAGGUUCACUAUAACUAGUACUAGAUUCUGGCAUCCUGUUCAUAAUUAACCACUUAAUGCACUCCUAUACUGUAGGCUGUAGCGCCAUUAAUGUCGUAAAGUGUACUCCCUGAUGAUCUCGACAUUUGUUGUUGUUAAGCAGUGUCCUUUUCGAGACAGCUGGUGUCCUUUUAUUUAUAUUUUUCCUAUUAAGGGGAACAGCUGUUUUCUUCGUCAUCCUCUAAAAGGACAUGGCAACUAAUUAGGUCUACCAGACAGCGUAAACAAGCAAAAUAAAAACUCCAUUUGCAAGUUGUUAA